CGCUAUUUGUUAAUAGGUGGCGAAAUAUGUCUUUUAGCUUUGCUGCAAAUCCUCUACAGGGAAAAUGCCGUCCUACAGAUGUGUUGUGUGCCAACUAUCGUCGAGAUUCGUUAAGUCGAAAAACCUUUCCAUUUCCUUUCACGGUUUCCCAAGUGAUCCAGACAAAAAACAAGCAUGGAAAGAGUUUUGUGGCACCGACACAGGUGUGGUGUGCUCGGAGCACUUUUCCGACGAUUGCUUUCUUGGCGCGCGCGAAGAAAAGAAUAAACGCCGUCGGCUGGUUAACAGGGCUGUACCCACUUUGCGGUUCUCUGUGACGACUCAUGGAACAAGAAUCCUGUCGACUACCUACUCCCAAGAAAAUGAUCCCUCUUAUUUUGGUGUUCAGCCUAUGAAGGAGGACUUUUCCGAGGAAGACUUUUCCCAGUCCUUUGACUACAUAGCAGAAGAAGACAUGUCAGAGGAAGAUGCAGUUUCGGCAAAGGAUGACAUAAUUUCCGAUCUCAGGAGCCAAGUUGCUGAAUAUAAAACACAGCUGGAAGACACGACCAAAAAGUUAAACGAGAUGGAAGAAGCCAUUUUUGACCGAGAUUGUAUCAUCGAGGACCUCCGCAAAAAGCUGGACGAUGUCCAGAAUGGAUUAUUACCCGACCAAAUUAAAAUAGAGAUUAAUGAUUAAGUAUGAAACGAAACAAUUCGCGUUUCAGUCCCAUUAAUUGGCAUUCACUGAUUAAGAUUUCUUCAUCUGACUAAAAGCGGUUGAAAAAUUUGUUAAAGAUGAGCGCGCUCAUCCCCUCUUUUUGUACAUGUAGGGCCAUUUCACCUCUAGAUUCGAUCACACGACCUUUAGAUGCGAGUUAAAUGGUCGAGAAUCCGUGUCCUUGUAGAAGCUGUGUAUGUGAUGUGUUAAUUAGAUUAAAUAUAAACUAGCGUAUAACAUUUGUUUUA